GGCUUCCGCUUCCGGCGUGGAGGCGGAGAAGCGAAAGGCAGACGCGCAGGGGGGCCGGGCCGAGCCGAGCCGAGCGCGGCGGCAGACGAGGCGGCGACGGGCGCUCGCGAGAGGGAGACCGAGCCCGAGCGAGCCAUGAGGAGACGACGGCGAGAAGAAGCAGGAGCGGAGCCCUGAGGGGAGCCCGCCCAGGCCAGGCCCGAAGCCGGGAGGGAAGGAGAGCAAGGCAGGCGCCGAAGGAGGGAGAGACGCAGGCCGGGCCCAGCCAUGGACAAUCAGUGCACGGUCCAGGUGAAGUUGGAGCUGGGGCACCGUGCCCAGUUGCGAAAGAAGCCCACCACCGAGGGGUUCACCCAUGACUGGAUGGUAUUUGUGCGUGGCCCGGAGCAGUUUGAGAUUCAGCACUUUGUGGAGAGGGUGGUCUUUCGGCUACAUCAGAGCUUCCCUAAACCGAAACGUGUCUGCAAGGAGCCCCCUUACAAAGUGGAGGAAUCUGGCUAUGCUGGCUUCAUCAUGCCCAUUGAAGUCUACUUCAAAAAUAAGGAGGAGCCGAAAAGAGUUUGCUUUACAUAUGACCUUUUCCUGAACCUUGAGGGGAACCCACCCGUCAACCACCUGCGUUGUGAGAAACUGACCUUCAACAACCCUACCAAUGAGUUCCGUCGCAAGCUGAUCAAGGCCGGAGGGAUGAUGGUAAUGCCAGAAGGAGCCGAAACCGUGUCCAGGCCCAGUCCGGACUACCCCAUGUUGCCCACAAUACCACUCUCUGCCUUCUCCGAUCCUAAAAAGACCAAGCCGUCCCAUGGGUCAAAGGAGGCGAGCAAAGACGGCAGCAAAACCUCCAAGCACCACAAGGUGACCCGGGAGCACCGAGAGAGGCCCAGGAAAGACUCUGAGAGCAAGAACUCCUCCCGGGACCCCGAAAGGGAGCCGAGCAAACCCGCCAAGGACUCCUCGCGGAAGCCCGCUGAAAACAAGGCCCCCAAGGAGGAGAAGCCCAUCCCAAAAGCCGCUUUCAAGGAGCCCAAGCUGGCCCUGAAGGAGGCCAAGCUGGAGAACACCUCUCCCAAGGGUGGCCCCCCGCAGCCGGAGCUGAAGCCUUCCAGCAAGCGGCCCGCGACCGUGGAGUCCCCGAAACCCAGUGCCAAAAAGCCCAAGAAGAGCAGCUCCAAGGGGCCCAAGACCGUCCCGGCCACCUCCCCUCGGACCCCGUAUGCCGAGAAGAAGCCAGCCAAGGAGAAGCCCAGCGCCAAAGCGGAGAAGGUGAAGCCAGAAAGCGAAGCCAAGGCCAUCAAAAAGCCCCUGGAGGUGGCAUUUGUGGUAGCAGAGGAGUCCAACUCGGAGGACGAAGCCUCUUUGAAAUCAGAGGUGAGGAGCCGGCAAGGCCUGUCUGCUCCAUCCAGUCCUUCCAAUUCCAGCUCUGACUCCAGCUCUGACUCUGAUUUCGAGCCAUCUCAGAACCACAGCCAAGGGCCGCUGCGUUCCAUGGUUGAGGACCUGCAGUCGGAAGAGUCGGACGACGACGACAGCUCUUCUGGGGAAGAGGCGGCUGUCAAGGCGACCCCCAUCAGCAGGGAUACCAGACUCAGCCACAGUGACAGUGACAGUGACAACAGCGCGGACUCCUGCCUGCCGAGUCGAGAACCCCCUCCCAGCCAGAAACUGCCCCCCUCUAGCAAUAAGGUGUCUGGGAGAAAAAGUCCAGAGUCCUGCAGCAAACCAGAGAAGAUCCUGAAGAAAGGGACCUAUGACAAGGCCUACACGGACGAGUUGGUGGAGCUUCACCGGAGGCUGAUGGCUUUGCGGGAGCGGAACGUGCUACAGCAGAUCGUAAACCUCAUUGAGGAAACUGGGCAUUUCAAUGUCACCAACACCACCUUUGACUUUGACUUGUUCUCCCUGGACGAGACGACCGUCCGCAAGCUGCAGAGCUACCUGGAAGCCGUGGCCACGUGACCCUUGGCCUCCAAAGUGGGACUUUGCUUUUGAAACCAGAACCCCCUUCUCUUUGGUACCAGGAAACGGACCCGUGGACCCUUGGCCGCCGCCUUAUCCUCUUGAUUCACCUGAAGCACUGCCUUAGAGAUCAGCCAUGCUCUAGGAACACGCCGCCACCGCUGCCCGCUGCGCUUCUCUUCUUGGGCUUCAGCCGAGCGCUUGCCGUUGGCUAGUCUGUUCUCCCUCGCUUCGAAAGCUUCCUUGGACCUGGUAGAGUACAAGCCGCGCUGGUCCCAGCUGCGCUCUUUUUUUAAUUUCUGCUUUUUAAUUUUAGAACGAGGAGGGUUUUUGUUGGUUUUUUUUUUUUAAGAGAAGAAUGCACUUUUGAGGCAUUCUCUCAAACUUGGAAUCAAUUGAGCUGUUCUUUCCACUGGACCUAUGGACAGAAAUUUGCCUGCAGUGUGUGGGGGUAUCCCACUAUUCGCACGUCUCCAGACUGCGUGGAGAGGCACUCGUGCAACAUCAGGGCAGGCAUUGGCCCGGCCUCAUCAUGUGACUGCCUAGAGACAUCCGCCCUGAUUGGGCCCAGUGGUUUUGACAUGCAGCAGAGUCCUGUCAGGUUGGUUCCCUGUUGUUAGGACCUUUGGGAGCGUAGAAGUGCUACAGUUUAGGCCUGGACUCCGGUAAGCAGUUAGAGCUUGUCACACCUGCGUGCGCGGGAAUUUCUAGAACUUGCAUUUCCCCCAGAGACGCUUGCCUCCUCGCACUUGAGGCUUUAGACGCAGUGCUGGAUCCAGUCCCCCUGGGGAAAGCCUCGCUCCUUUUUUCCAUGUUUGAUCUGCUUUAACUGUAAGGACUACGUUAUUGUACGCUGUCUAUUUUAUAUAUAUAUUAUAUAUAUAUGUAUGGUGUAAGAAGGGCCUAACUGGGUCUUAAGGUUUCAAGGGUGUGUGUAGGAGUUGGGGGUGGGCUGUUUUGUGUUUGUUUGUUUUUUUAAACAGUGGCAGAUGGGGAGGGUGAAUUAACCUGUUUGUGAAAUGCCUCUGGGCAUCCAGAAGCCACUUGGGUAUCCUCGACACCUUUCAUCCUGUGCUCUGAAAGGGACCGCUCUUGUUUGUAGUUUUCACCAUCAGUGUUGGAAUACUGUGGGGGUUUUCUUUUUCUUUUUCUUGCCAAAAUGCAUUCUCAUCCAUUGCUGUUUUGUGUUUCAGCAAAGGAACGUUAUCCUUUGGCCUCCGUAAUAGCAGCUUAGGGUGGGUGGAUGCAGAGGAAUAAAACAAAAAACCUGAGGGAGUAUCUCUUAUAACAAAGGGAUAACGAAUGGAUGAGGAGGAAUAGCGAACUUUGUGGGGAGGGAUAACGAACGGAUGGGAGAAAUAACGAACUAAACUGAGGGAGUAUCUCUUGUGAGUGUUUCUCUCUCUCCUUCUUCUUUUCUUAAAUACCAGAGAUCUGCUUUUAAAACAAAUAUCAGCAGGAGAAGGUCAACACUAAUUGGAAUAUUUGUAAAUAUUCCUUGCUCAGCUAGUUGUGGGUGUAUUGGGUAGGGGAAGACCCUAAAUGUUAAUUGAAAAUAACAGAAUCUUAGGUUUUAAUAUUUUAGAGACACAGCUUGUCUUCAAAACAAAAGUCUUAAUCUUUUGCCAAAUGUUACAUGGGUGGGGGGUGGGGCUUGCCUGAGAGACCUGUUUUUGCUUUGAGCUCUCUUGGGAUUCUUGACGAUGGGGUGUUUGAGGGGCUUCCUUGCUCGUGUUGAGUCAUGUUAUUCUCUUUUAAAAAACAAACAAAAACUUUUAGUCCCUGUUCUGGCUUCUUUCCCUUCUUUUUAUCAUGCCAAUGUUACAGCUCAAGAGACUGAGGUUGCAAUAAGCUGAUUUGGGUGAGGUCAUGUUGACCCCGAAAUCCUGUUUGAACUUCCCUUUUCCCCGUCUGUCUGUGUACCCUCGCUUGAUGGUCUUUCUGUACAACAUGCCAAGUUCUAAAGGUUCUUGGAAGUGGCCCUUAGCUCUGCCUGGCGAUUGUGUGCCAAGGAAGUUUUGAAAAUCACACGAUGAACAGGAAAACAGCCAGUCUGGCGGCGAACUUGGCAGUACGAUGCUGCGUCACUGUGCCAGGAUCCGUCCUGCGAAGGCGCUGCUGAUUCCAGCUCUGCAGUGCUCCUCCAUGCCCCCCUGUUCUACGUGAGCGAUGCGGAAGCCACGCAACCUCAGGGCCAGGCCUGCUUUUGACUCCGGGGAGCAGUGGCCAAAUCCCCUCGAAAGAGGGCUCCAUACUCGGCCUCCUCCCCAAAGCCCGUCUUGAGGUUUCCCACCCCGCCCCCUUCCCCUGUGUAGCCCUUGCUGCUUUUCACAAGCCCUUUUGCCCACUCCCGAGCACGCGUUGGAAAGUUGCUUGGAAAGUGGCAGUGCAAAGCACCCGAGAGGGUGGAGAUUCAUGCUUCCAGUUGAGCCGUGUACUUCGUUGUGCACUUGGCGGGGCUCUGUGAGGUCACAGCCGCCUCCCUUCCUGAAACAAGUAUUCUGUGGAGGAAAGAGACUCCUUCAGUUUGUAGGAAAUGGUGGGUUCUUUCCACUCAAAAGUAUUUUGUAGACCUUUUUUUUAAUGAUCCCCCCCCCAUCCCCAGCCCUGUAUCUUGCUUCCCCUCCCCCGCAAGAACACCGGUGCCUCGAUGGCGGCUUUCUCUGUGGCCACGCUGGUCACGAAAAGACAACCCUCAGUGUCUUUUCCUUUUCAAGAGAGUGUUUGAGGCUGUGGGGCUGGGGUGGAGCCCGAAUGCGGCCAUGGCUCCGACUUCAGGCCGCCUCGUGAUGGUGGUGUUUCUUCUGCCGCCCUUCCUCUCCUUUUUCUCAUUCUAUUGUAGAUUCUUUCUUAUGCUGACUGCGGUGUUUGUGGGUCCAGUGUAGUGUUCCUAUAUGUCUAGGGGGAGACAGAGAGAGAGAGAGAGAGAGAGAGAGAGUGUGUGUGUGUGUGUGUGUGAAUGGCUAGUUGUAUAAUAGCGGGGGGGGGGGACUGGACGGUGUUACCUUGCUUUGGCUUCUGAACAAUCACCCUUAAGGGAGUUUUAGGAAGGCUUUAAAAGAAUGCCGUUUUCCUUCCCAACUGGGUGUCUUUGCCAUGAUCUUCCUUUUCUUCCCAGAAAUUGGCAGAACGAUAGUCUGUUUUUUGCUCGGUAUUAAAGGGCUCUGGUGGGGCUAACUUCUCUUCCCGCCUAAAUCUUUCCACAAAACUGAGAAUUGCAGUCGCUCGUUCUCUCAUCUUGGCCUAACAGUGCUGGGUAAAAGUACAAAUUUAGGAAUCGCCAUCUUGGAACUGUGGUGGGUGGGAUCCGUUUUUUCCUCUGGGGUAUUCCUGUUUUAGCUUGGAGAUGGAAAUUUCUGGGGGUGGGGGUAGGGGGCUUGCAAUACCAACUUGAUCCAGCUCUGGCACUUUCAGAACAUGGGGGGUGGGGUGGGAGGUGUUGUGUACACUUUAGCAUACACAGCAGUACAGUUUGGGGUAAGCCUACAUUCUUUUUGUUUUGUAUUCAAACAGUUAAUGCAAAUAUACUCAGUGUUAAGAAUGCAGCCACACCAAGGUCCUUAAGCUGGGCUUCUAAAUGGCUACUUGGUCUGCUGUGGCUAAUAGAAGAUGCCUUGAGGUGAUCAGGCAGAGAAGUGUUGAAAAAGUUGGUGAUUCUUCAGCCAUUGAGGUGCCACUAAUAUUGGUAUGUCUGGGAAAGAAACUUCUAAAAAGCAACAUGGAGUAGUAGCUUAAGAGACUUAAUGCAAGCCAUACCUUUUGAUCUAGCGAGCACGGCAUGGAAGAAGGGUGAGAGGUUGUCUCCUAGUCAUGUGUUGACCUUCAGAGGCAUUCAGGACGUUCAGCUUUUGUACUACUUUAUGGCAGUGGUUCCUAACCUGAGUUCCUCCAGAUGUUGCUGAACUCAAAACUCCCAGCAUCCCAGCUACAUAUUAUAGGUGGGGAUGCUGGGAGUUUGAGUUCAGCAACACCUGGAGGAACUCAGUUUGGGAACCACUGCCCUAUAGUAGUACAAAAGUUGAACGUCCAGAAUGCCUCUGAAGGUCAACACAUGACUAGGAGACAACAACUCCCAGCAUCCCAGCUACAUAUUAUAGGUAGGGAUGCUGGGAGUUGUAGUUCAGCAACAUCUGGAGGAACCCAGGCUAGGAACCACUGGUGUAGGGUCUUGUCUCUGUUUUGGUUGACUGCAGAUCUUGACUGGCUGCCAUAAUCAGCUGAAAUGUGCAGAAUCCCAAACUUUCUCCUUAAAGCUCUGACCUAAGGAUAUGUAUUUUUUUGCAAAUUGGCAAGUAGAAGUAGGACAAAAAUGAUAGAAUGAAAAGACUCAUUUGUGUUGCUUGGGUAGAGACAUUGCAUGGAUACCUCAUUGUAUGGAAGUGGAAAGAAUAUGUGUUUCUAGAGAACUAGUUCAGAGAUUAACGUCUCCCUGUGAUGCAAUUAAUGAAACUUCAUGUAUUAUGCAGAUGUUUCAUAAGUAUAUAUUUCAUUCUCCCCCACCCCCAAACUUCCAGUUUUUACCUGUUGGGCCUUGGUAGGUACAGCCUGUCUUCCUAACCAGUUUGUGUUUAUGUAUGUGUGUGUACACACACUCUUAAAUGUUACAGUUAUGAGGUGAGCUACUCCAGUCACUACAGUACUCAUUAAGUACUUAUGAGCCCUCUUAUUGAAAUUAAUGGGACAAGUUUACUUGUCCCAUUAAUUUCAGUGGGAAUAUUCAUGAGUAACUUAAUCUGCAUGUAAGCCAGUGACUGGAAUAGCAUGAUUGUAGCAUUUAGGUUUGUGUGUGCAAAGACACACACACUAAAAAUCUCUGUAGGGUAUCUGAGCUGAAGGGAGUACACUUGUUUCAAAAGGUUGGGAACCCCUGGAUUAGAGGAAGGUUUUCAACCACAUAUGUGCAAAUGGGUGGGGUGGGGGGGUCUUGAAGUCAACUUGGGUUCAGAGAAUGGCAUCCUUUCAACUAGCGCCUUGUUCUGCCAUGCCCUCUUCUGUUAUUGGCAUUGCUGGAAAAAAGAGCCCUCUAGAGCAGGCAAGCCCAAUAUGGUUAGACUAUGACUCCUGCUGUCCCCUGCCACAGUGGUCAAAGACAGGGGUUGAUGGGUGUUGUAGUCCACCAUCAUUGGGGACCCCUUUAGAGGGCUAGCUUGAGGCAGGGUGGAACUUGUCUGAACAGUCAGCUCUUUAAAGUGUCCUCCAGCCUGAUUCCACCUCCACGUCCUCUCCGCAUUGUGGGCAUCAUCCAGCCAAAAUGCAGCGCUAUUAUGGUUUCAGAAAGGUAAAGGGACGGCCUCCCAUGGAAAUGAGAGGGAUUGGAAAGUGCAUCAUUCUGGCUGUCAUCAUUUUGGCUCCUUCAUGUUGUCUCAGACGUUUUCCUUUCUUGCUUCUGUCCUUUGGUGCUCCUAGAUCAAAAUGUGUGUACACUGUCAUUACACACAAGCAUGGGAUGUGCUAUUGGCUCCAGAAUGCACCUUCCUGAUUUCCUUCUCUUUUAAAAGCAAGUGUCUAGCCCUCAUGACUGUGACGAUAUGCUUGCCAGUGCACAGGAUUAACACCUGAUGCAAUCCUCUGGGCUAGAGGCCAGUUAAGAUUUCCAUGGGCUGGAGCUUGGGCUUUGAUGCUUUGGGUAGCUCCUUGCCCCCAUGACUAGAAAAGCCUGAACAGAUUAUGCAAAUUAAAACAGUUUGCGUAUCAUGUAUACAAUGUUUCUGAAUCCAGCUAUCCCCCCCCCCACUCUUUUUACUGCAAAGUACACUGUUAUACUUCUUGAACAGUCAUAAUGUGUAUUGAAAUUUGAUUGUGGGGCGGGGGGUGGGAUCAUGAGGGUAUUUAGGCCUCAAGAACAAAAAAAGAAAAAGUUGAGAGUUUGCACUCUUGAAGGAAGCAAAUGAGUACUUAAUCCUCUUGUGGGUGUCUGUGAUUUGGCCGUGUUCUGCCGGGAGUGAAGGUAUUAAAUACCUGGUCAUGUACAGAGGAUAUGAAUAAGUUGUAUUGGGAGGGGAUUUCUUUUUUCCUCAGAUAUGAGAAAUGCACCCAGCCCGUGAUUCCAAGAUAAAAACUGAAAAGGAAAAAAAAAUGUUUGUAAUAAGUUAUGGGAUUGUUUUUUCUGUCCUGACUUUUAAACUUUUUGUUAAAUUUGUGAAAUUUAUGGAGGAGUUUUAUAGGAAAAAGAGAACCUGAAAUAAAGGUGAGAGUCACAAGAGAAUGCGUGGCCGUGUUUCUCUUGACUACAUCCAGAAUGGUACAUGGUGAACCAGGGUUGACAACCAGCACAUCUCCCCUUCCGUCUCCACCAUCUCCCACAUAACACUGGACAAGUUCCACCUCUCUUUCCCUCUUAACAUUUACUUACCAUCACUCCAUGCAGGACAGACAAGUAUGGCUAGAGGAAAACUCAUGUCAAAAUUUCAUAGGAAGCUGCCAUAUGACCAUUAGUCAGGGGUUUUCAAUCUUGGGUUCCCAGAUGAUUUUGGACCACCAUCCUCCCCUGCCACAGUGGCCAGAUCCCAUUUAUGCCAGGGGGCGAGGCGAGUUGUAGUCCAAGAUCAUCUAGGGACCCAAGGCUGAGAGUCCCUGUUUAGCUGAGGGGUGCGCCUUUCCCCCCUACUGCUAUUGGGUCACCAUGCUACAUUGCAGGGAAGGAAAUGGUGAGCCUCCCCACGUGUCCCCUGGCGUAGAACGAUGUUGUUUCUGCUGGUAAGGCCCAGUCCUUUCCAGAGUGGGCAUGUGGGAGGAGCCUUUGGCAGCUGCUGGGGAAAGUGGGCUUGUGACACCAGGCCCAGAAAGUGGUUUAUAUAAACACACUAUUUUUAUAUUUGUUAUACAAAUAUUCUGCCUUUCAGCAGAAAGGUUUUCAUAGUGGUUUAUGCAGAAGCAAGAAUAAGAGGAAGAAGAUGGUUCAGUGCGGAGAGAGUAUUCUGGAGAUGGGGUGCCACCACCAGAGGAGACUCUGAUGCAGAUCUUAAUAUUUGGACAGCUUUGUGUGGGAAGAGGUAGUCUUUGUGGUAGCCUCAUCCAAAGAUUUUCAGAGCUCGAAAGGUCAAAAGCAUAAGAUCAUAAGAGCAGCCCUGCUGGAUCAGGCCCAAGGGCUGUCUAAUCCAGCAUCUUGUUUCGCACAGUGGCCCAGCAGAUCCAUUGGACCCAGAAGCAGAUUGAGAGCCAAGACAGCUGGCAGCUUCGAAUUCCCUAUGUCAGGUCCCAGUUAACAACCCCACUGAUGUGUUCUGUACUAACUGUGGUUUCCAACCCUAGGGCAGCACCAAGUUCAGCUCAGUGCAGUAGUCCAAAUGGGAUGUAGCAAUCAUGAUAACUGUAACAGCAAGAUGGAUGCAUGACUGUUACCACGAGACAAGGGUUCUCAAACAUGGUGGUUGGAUUACAACUUUCAUCGCUCCCUGCUGAAGGACCUUUGUGGCAGAAGGUGAUGGGGAUUGUAGUCCAGUUUUAAGAAGUUUCCUACAGCCUGGAGACUUGCAUGUGCUUCAUUUCUGUUGGGUACAAGAUACAACACAAGUUUCUCCCCAAAAUCUGAAGCAACUACUUCAUCUUGUGAAGAAGCAAGAUAGAGAGAACCCUCUGGAUCACAUAAUCAAGGAGCCAAAUAACUUCUGAACCCAGAAACUGGUUCAGAAAGGAUUUUCACAAACAGGAACUGACCCUGAAUCUAAAAUCUGAACCUCUAAAUGCAAAAAGUGAGAACUGGUUCAAAAUAGGUUGGACACUCAGCUUUCAAUUCUAUGAUUAUUUUCCUGAGUGUUAUCAUGUUGUGUGUGUGUGUAUUGUCUUAUAAAACCCUUUUUAUUUUUUAAAAAUACCUCAAAAAUAAACCUGUUUUAAAAAUGUU